CGGCGCCCGGCGCGGCUCGGCUCGGCUCGGCGCUGGGGAUCGGAGCGGAGCGCGUUGGCCGCGAUGGGCGCCUCAGCGGCGGAGCGGCGGCGGCGGCGGCGCGGGGAGCUGCUGCGGGGGCAGCUGGGCGCCCUGGCCGCCCUGGCUCUGCUCCUGGCCGGCUGCGCGGCCGGCCGCGGUGGUUAUGAUGCUUUGAGCUAUUCUGUGGAAAUCGAUGACAAAUGGAGCGGGAGACAGCUACUGCAAGCAAAUGAGGACAACACGACUGAGGUCCCAGAGGAUGGGGGGCAGCUCUAUGUCAGAAAUUGCACUGAACCAGCUCUCCAUGAAUUCCCCAAUGACAUCUUUACAAACGAGGACAGGAGGCAUGGAGCUGUCAUCCUGCACGUCCUUUGUGCCAUGUAUAUGUUUUAUGCUUUGGCAAUUGUCUGCGAUGAUUUCUUCGUCCCUUCAUUGGAAAAGAUUUGUGAACGCUUGCAUCUUAGCGAAGAUGUGGCUGGGGCAACUUUCAUGGCAGCUGGCAGCUCUGCUCCUGAGUUGUUUACAUCUGUCAUAGGUGUUUUUAUCACAAAAGGAGAUGUAGGCGUUGGAACUAUCGUGGGCUCUGCUGUAUUUAACAUUCUCUGUAUUAUUGGUGUGUGUGGGCUUUUUGCAGGACAGGUUGUUGCACUGUCGUCAUGGAGUCUCCUGAGAGAUUCAAUCUACUAUACACUGUCUGUUGUUGCACUCAUUGUGUUUAUUUAUGAUGAAAAAGUUUCUUGGUGGGAGUCCUUAGUCUUGGUGCUGAUGUAUGCCAUCUACAUUGUUAUUAUGAAGUACAACUCUACCAUUCAUCACUGUUUUGAAAGGAAGACGAAAAACGCUGCAAAUAUGGUGAAUGGAUUAGCAAACAACACAGAAAUGGAUGAUAACAGCAACUGUGAUGCUACAGUGGUGUUACUAAAGAAAGGUAACUGUUCCAGGAAUUUCCACCGUAAAGCCUCGGUGAUCAUGGUGGAUGAGCUGCUGUCUGCUUACCCACACCAGCUUUCAUUUUCUGAGGCUGGGCUCCGGAUCAUGAUAACCAGCCACUUUCCCCCAAAAACACGUCUCUCCAUGGCUAGCCGCAUGCUAAUCAAUGAGAGACAGAGACUGAUAAACAGCAGGACUUACACCAAUGGUGAAUCAGAAGUAGCAAUCAAAAUACCAAUCAAGCAUGUGGUAGAGAAUGGAACAGGCCCAAGCAACUCAGCCGAGCGGGGCAUGAACAGCACACGGCGAGAGGAGGACAUGGCUGAGGCUGGCACUGAAACAGAAAAUGAGAAUGAGGAUAAUGAGAACAAUGAAAAUGAUGAGGAAGAGGACGAAGAUGAUGACGAUGAUGACCAUGAAGGGCCGUACACACCUUUUGACCUACCCACUGGCAAAAUAGAAGUCUUGAAGUGGCUCUUCACAUGGCCAUUGAGUUUUGUCCUGUAUUUCACAGUGCCCAACUGUAACAAACCCCACUUGGAAAAAUGGUUCAUGGUUACUUUUGCUUCUUCUACCCUCUGGAUUGCAGCUUUCUCAUACAUGAUGGUGUGGAUGGUGACAAUCAUUGGCUACACACUGGGAAUUCCAGAUGUGAUAAUGGGCAUCACUUUCUUGGCAGCUGGAACCAGUGUGCCAGACUGCAUGGCAAGCCUUAUCGUAGCAAGGCAAGGUAUGGGGGAUAUGGCUGUGUCCAACUCCAUUGGAAGCAAUGUUUUUGAUAUUUUAAUUGGCCUAGGUCUCCCAUGGGCUUUGCAGACCUUAGCAGUGAAUUACGGAUCAUAUGAGUUCAAGGCAUUCAGUGGAGUCUUCCCAGGGACGAUGUCGUCUUUGACGAUGAAAGCUCAUUGUUUGGACAAAAGAGGAAGUUUCUUUAAGCUCAUUGACACAAUUGCCUCAGAAAUCGGAGAACUGAAACACGAGAUGGUACAGACAGAUCUCACAGUGGAAGAUGAAUCUGCAGAUUUGCAAAGUCUAGUAAAGGACAUGGAUAAUGUCUCUCCAGAGAAAAAGGUUGUAAAAGGCUGCCCCCGUGACUCUGGAUAUGACAGCCUAUCCAACAAGCUAAGCAUAUUGGACAAACUCCUUCAUACUCAUCCCGUGUGGCUGCAGCUUGGUCUGAAUGAUGCUGAAGCCGUGGAAAUUCUGCGUGCCCAGCCUGCUGGGAUAUUUCUGGUUCGGAAAUCUGCAAGACUACAGAAGAAGGUCAUAUCUCUGCGUCUGCCCAGAGACUGUGGGUCCUGUCUAAAAGAAUUUGCGAUAAAAGAAAGCACAUACACAUUUUCCUUGGAGGGCUCUGGAAUAAGUUUUGCUGAUUUAUUCAGGCUCAUUGCUUUCUACUGUAUUAGCAGGGAUGUCCUUCCGUUCACCCUGAAGUUGCCUCAUGCUAUUGCUGCAGCAAAGACAGAAGUUGAACUUGAAGAGAUUGCUCAGCUUGGACUGAACUUCUGGAGCUCUCCGGCUAACAGCAACCCCCUGGAUCCUUCACUUCCCCGUAGGCCUCUGCCUUUAGACAGUGCUUGUAAAGGCUCACGUCAGCUCUGCCUUAUAAAUGGAGUGCAUUGUAUACGAACCAGAACGCCUUCAGAGCUGGAGUGCAGCCAGACCAACGGAGCGCUGUGUUUCAUUAAUCCACUCUUCUUAAAAGUGCACAGCCAGGAUGUCAGUGGAAGCCUGAAAAGGCAGAGCCUGAGAUCUCAGGACUUGAAUGGCACUGAGAGGCCUCGCUCCCCGCCACCCCGGCCACCACCUCCUUCUAUUAAUAGUAUCCUCACGAGUCCACAGCUUUCCAGGACUAUAAAGCAGGCGAGCAUGCCAGAAACAGUCAACCAUAAGAAAGAGAGAGACUUGGAUUUGCUGCAGAAUAAACCAGCCCCUAUUCCGCCUCCCCGGCUGAAGAAGCAGGCUGUUUGUGUGGAGGUGGAAGGUAGCCCAAAGACCGCAGCGGUAAUUCGACCUGCCUGCAGCUCUGUGCCUGUCCCGGAAGCUGCUGGCAUUCUGGGUGAAACCCUGCCUGAGCCGGCUCUAGCAGCCUCCAAGAAGAGUGUAGCUACCAGCUCUGAGUCACAUGUACCCCGGAAUGGAGGCAGACAGAGGCUGAGCGACAUGAGCAUUUCCACCUCCUCGUCAGACUCGCUGGACUUCGAUCGGAGCAUGCCGUUGUUUGGCUAUGAGGGUGACACUAACAGCAGCCUGGAGGAUUUUGAGGGGGAAAGCGACCAAGAGAGCAUGGCACCUCCGUUGAAGCCCAAGAAGAAAAGAAACAGUUCGUUUGUUCUCCCCAAGAUUGUGAAAUCUCAGCUACGGAAAGUUAGUGGAGUUUUCAGUUCCUUCAUGACUCCCGAAAAGAGGAUGAUUAAGAAGAUUGCAGAGAUGUCCCAAGAUAAACGCACCUAUUUUGGGUGCCUAGUGCAGGACUAUAUCAGCUUUCUCCAGGAAAACAAGGAGUGCCACGUUUCAAGCACCGAUAUGCUGCAAACGAUUCGGCAGUUCAUGACCCAAGUCAAGAAUUAUUUGUCCCAAAGCUCCGAACUUGAUCCCCCAAUUGAAUCACUGAUUCCAGAGGACCAAAUAGAUGUUGUCUUGGAGAAGGCCAUGCAUAAGUGCAUUCUGAAGCCGUUGAAGGGCCACAUUGAAGUGAUGUUGAAAGAGUUUCAUACUGCAGAUGGUUCUUGGAAACAGCUAAAGGAAAACCUGCAGCUGGUGCGCCAGAGGAAUCCUCAGGAGCUGGGCGUGUUUGUUCCAACACCAGACUUUGUGGAUGUUGAAAAGAUUAAAGUCAAGUUCAUGACCAUGCAGAAAAUGUAUUCGCCUGAAAAGAAAGUCAUGCUGCUGCUGAGAGUUUGCAAAUUGAUUUACACUGUUAUGGAGAAUAACUCAGGGAGGCUAUAUGGAGCUGAUGACUUCUUGCCUGUGCUGACAUACGUAUUAGCCCAGUGUGACAUGCUGGAGCUGGAUACUGAGAUUGAGUACAUGAUGGAAUUGCUGGAUCCAUCUUUGCUGCAUGGAGAAGGAGGCUAUUACUUGACAAGCGCUUAUGGAGCACUUUCACUGAUCAAGAAUUUUCAGGAAGAGCAAGCUGCCAGACUGCUAAGUUCCGAAGCCAGAGAUACUCUUCGGCAAUGGCACAAAAGGAGGACAACUAACAGGACGAUACCUUCCGUUGACGAUUUUCAGAACUACCUUCGAGUUGCAUUCCAGGAAGUUAACAGUGGAUGUACAGGAAAGACCUUACUAGUAAGGCCAUAUAUCACUACAGAAGAUGUAUGUCAGCUUUGUGCUGAGAAGUUUAAAGUGGACAAUCCAAAAGAAUAUAGUCUGUUUCUUUUUGUUGAUGACACCUGGCAGCAACUGACAGAAGAUACCUACCCUCAGAAAAUUAAGGCUGAGUUGCAUAGCCGUCCACAACCCCAGGUCUUUCACUUUGUCUACAAACGCAUUAACAGUGAUCCUUAUGGUGCCAUUUUUCAGAACAACUCUGCUUCUUAAAAUCAGUAAUUUGCAGUUUAAUUUCUGUUGCUUAACUGUUGAAAACAUCUUUGUUGGCUGCCUGCCUUAGGAUCUAAAACAGUCUAUGCAGGUUUUAAACCAUCAAUGCCUAGUAAAACACAUGCAGACACAUCUAGCGUUGCUUACAAAAAAAAAAAAACCUGCAAACAUGUAAACCAUGCAUAUGGCCAGUUGUACAGGAUAUUCAACCAGCAUGUUUGAGUAAAUGGCCCAUAAAGCUGAAUUUCUUGUACCACAGACUCUCUUGAAAUGAAACAUACUAUAUUCUGGCCUUCUGCAAUUUUUUUGUUGUAGUGAGCCAAAAUCUAUUUUCUUACACUCAUCCUUUAGCCAAAUGUCACUUUGAUUUAAAUAUAUGUAUGCUAGACAUAUACUUCAGUAAACUGUCUGCUGUAUGCUCAGUUUCACCAGCAUGAGUUAAACAAGACUGUCCGAUGCAGGGCAUCAAUUAACUCAUAAUUACCUGGAUGAUUGCAUCCUUUUCUAAUUUUUUUAUUACAGAAAAGCUUCCUGUUAUAUAUAUAUAUAUAUUUCCUAGAAAUUUUAUAGCAGUUGCAGGUAAACUGUCAGGGUUGGUUUUUAAAAUAUUUUUUUAACUAUAAAGUAUUAUAUAAUUAUGCAUGUGAUUUUAACACUUAAUAUACAAGAAUAAAUCUCUUGCUGGUUUUAGAGCAUUGCAUUAAAAGUCUCUUUGGUUUCUCUUCUUUUCCUGUUACAGGAGAGUUUUUAUGAAAUUUCUAUUAUGUAUAAGAUUGUAACAUUGGCACUGGUGAUUUCAGUGCCUUUAUAUGAACUUGAUGUACUGUUUCCUGGUUUAUUGUUUAUAUGCGUUGUGUAAGAUAGAACGAGGUGUAUGGAACAGGAAGUUGAAAGAAAAGGAUGUAGGGAAGGGGCAGAGAAAGAAUUUAGAGAACCUGUUUUAGGAUUAAAACAUGUUUGUCUGCUGGUUCAGGCUCCUUGCAGAAAAUAAGCAAAGGAGGUUGGUAAGGAACUUCUAUGUAAACGUUAUUGUAGAGGGAUUUGACGGAACCUAUUCCAGAUACUAUUUGUGUUGGCGGAAGAUUAGAUGUGUUAACACGGUGAAUGAGAACGCUAACCAUUUUGUCUGUCUGUCAGCACCAUCAAAAUGUGCUUUGGACUGAAGAGUGUGUUGUAGCAUUUCAUGAUUCUAAGUUACUGAGUAGAUGAUGUAUGAAAUCAGAGUCCUACGUAUACAAAGAUAAAACGGUAUUUAAUAUGUGUAUUCUGUACACUUGUACAAGAUAGAUGGUGCUGUGCUGUGGGUCAGGUUGACCUACUUAAGUCAGGUAUGGCUGCUCUUUUUAGAGGGAUGCAGGGUUCUCUCCAAAUCCAGCGUGAGCAGCAAAAUGUAAGGCAGAUGACUGCAGAAAUACGUCAUGAGCAGUGUGUAUUGUACAUAUAAAGAUCUGUAGCAUUUUUAAUGUCAGUUUGCCGUGUAUUUGAAACCCCUAGUAACUGUUUGUAUUGCGUUUUGUAAAAGGUAAAUGGUGAGUUUUGCACGUAAUACAUUGUAAUACUGAAUAUAA